UGUAUAUUGUAAUCCCAAAUGGCGAUCACCGAUUAGAAUGAGAUAGUGUGUCGUUUAAUGGAGUAGCUGAAAAUUCAUUAUCAGUAGAUAAGUCUGUAUGUAUCAGAUUGUGUCGAAACAUAGUAGAUUGUUUCACAGAGUCAACUUGUAAACGUUCUAACACAGUAACUCCAUGAUAGAUUCCUCAACGAUGUGUUUGCAUGAUCGUCUGACCGGGGCUAUUUGAAACCUGACUUUUUUUUACAACAUGGUCUCCAGGAAACAGAUGGGAGCAAUGUGUGUGUCAAAGUGUGUUUCUCUUUUGCGUGCUGGUGGUUGUAUGUUUUAUGUAUUUGUACUUUUGUCAGUUCUUAUACAACAUGCGGACUGUAGUCAUGUUACAGGUACUUGGAAUACGAAAGAUUUUUUUAAGUUCCUGAUAAAAUUUGGAUUUAAAAAGACCGAUGUGCACAACUCGAAGGAUACGUCAGGAUACAUUUUUGGCAAUAUUACUGCUAAAACAAAUUUUACUCAAAAUGUGACAUUUGCUGUGCUGGAUAGAGGAUACUUUUUAGAAUAUUAUGGAAAUAGAACUAUUGCAAAUAAAGAAAAGGCAUGCACUCAAAUGUUCAAAAAAAUCAGCACCAUUGCUUAUGACUCUAGUUGCUAUGAUCAGGGGGAAGAUUUUUUGAGAAAAGUCCCGUGUCCGAAAGGGAGUGUUUGCGUGGAUGAAGAUGCACCGUGGAAUGUAGUGAAAGGACAUCAAUUUACAUUUGUCAUUGAAGAUUUAAUGCAACCAAGGUUCUGGUACAUAAGCUUGGUUGCAUGCUACAGGAACCUGACUACAUGCAAGUGGCAUCAUAUAGAUCAGGAUUUGGAGCUGGAGUAUGAUAUCUGGCUUGUCAAUGGAAGUCCAAAUGUCAGCAGCUUUAAUCCCUUGGUGUACCAGUUUUCUUUUGACAGACAGGACACAGUGGAACUUUAUCUUGUGUUCUUUCUGUGCUACCUUGUGCUGGUGCCACUUCAAGUGUAUGCUGCUAUGCGCCAGCACCAUCCAGUGACACGACUCUUCACUGCCAGUCUCAUUCUGGAGUUCCUAGCUCUUUGCCUUAUCCUGCUGCAUGUCCUUAAAUUUUCUUUUGAUGGAACUGGCAUUCAUCAACUAGCUGUUGCUGGUGACAUCUUAGACAUACUUUCUCGGACAACAUUCAUGUUGCUGCUUCUGCUUCUGGCCAAAGGCUGGGCUGUUACAAGAUUGGAAUUUACAUGGAAACCUUUAGUGUUCACUAUUUGGUUCCUGUAUGGGGUGGUACACAUCCUGCUCUAUGUAUGGAAUAUGACAGAAGUGGAUAUAAUCGAAGAUAUAGAUGAGUACCAGACAUGGCCUGGUUGGCUGAUCAUUUGUUUCCGAACAAUGAUCAUGAUUUGGUUCCUGUUUGAGCUGAGGAAUACCAUGAUGUAUGAACAUAACACUCAGAAGCUGAACUUCUUCCUGCACUUUGGUGCAUCAGCACUGGUCUGGUUCAUCUACCUGCCUAUCAUAGCACUUAUUGCGUUACAAGUAUCAGCUCUCUGGAGGUUCAAAUUGCUGCUUGGAAUAACGUACUCUGCAGACUGCUUGGCUUACUGUGUCAUGACUCAUCUCCUGUGGCCUACAAGAAGUGAACAGUACUUCUUGUUGGCAGAAGACAUGGACCUCAGUGAUGAAUUAGAUGAAUUCAAUGAGGCUCCACAUGUAGUUAACAACUACAUAGCACUGAAUAAUCACCAUCAUCAUCAUCAUCAUCAACUCAAUCACCACCACAGUGUUAACUCGGAACCACCAGACCUUACGAAAGUAAUCACGUGAAUCAGCUCAUGUCUCAUGAAUUUUUUGUGCCACAUUUUCAUGAUAAACAAUUUGUCAAAGAAAGUAGAGUUCAAAAAAGGUUUAUUCUGUUACAUACAUGGAUAUGUUACAGUGCAAUCUGAAUACAUAUAUAGUAUUGUUAAAUCAACACUUGUUAGAAAUUCUCAUCACUUAAGAGACUGACAUCCUUCCACAAGUGAGAUUAACUCAUAUUUUAUGUAGGAAAAUACAUUGUUUCAUUUAUGAACCAUUAUCAUUUCACGAACAUGUCGAGCAGUUAUGUUUAACUGCCUCCCACACAUUUUUGUAUGUAAUAAAAAUUAAAUUGUUUUCAAUACUUUUCAUGAGGUAUGUAUGAAUGUCUGAAAUAAAAAGGAUACAUGGCCUCUAGCAUGAGCCUUAAUAUUAGACUAUUAUGAAAAAUACUGAAUUAGCAGUAUGACUAAAGCUAUAAGAACACUGACAUAAAUGAAUGCUUAGGGAGAAUAUUUAACAUUUUGAAAAAUAAAAACAAAUUCUUUAUGCUAAACAGUGAUUUUGAAUUGGACUCCAAAUUUUUUGUCCUCCAGUAUGGUAGCUUUACCAUAUUAUAGGUAUUUAAAUCAAUAUAAUUUUGGAUAUUGAUGUCACUUCUGUAAUAUUGAUAUUCAGUCAGAUAAAAAAGAUGUCUCCAAAAUAUACCACAUACUGUACUUUUUGAAAUGUCUCCAUGUAUUAACUAUACCUCAAAACCAAAGUUGUCCCACACUUUGCUUUGAAAUUAUUGUGUAGUAAGUUCUUGAUGCAUAAACUUUUAUACAUUUUUAAACAUCUGUUAUCAAGGUCCUGACCAAAAAAUCAGAUUAUGAAAGUGUGUAGAACAGUUGCACUUUAACACAAUAUACUUGAGCUGAUUCUACAGAAGCUGACAUAUGAGUUGCAAUAUUUGAGGGGUUUCUUGGUUGUAUUGGCAUCAGAAGACACUACAUGUAAAUGGCAUAACAAAGA